UAGACCGGAGCUUGCGAUGCGAGCACUAGUGUUCGUGCGAAUUUGGAGCCAGAAGGUCGACAUCGCGCGCUCGUCGCAUCGCAGAAAGAAUCGCCCUAUCCCAAAUAAAUCGAAACAACGACCUGUCGAAUCACGCAAACAAACACCUUCUUCGUAUUUAUUUUUUUUGAGCAGAAACAAACUGUUGUUCUUUGGUGCCAGUGACAGUGUGUCAGUGUGUCCAGCUGAGUGACAGAUAGCCAGCCAAAAAGUGAGACAUAAGUGAGAGAUUCAAACCCGAUCCACACCAGUUGGCCACGGAGUGCAGCUGGCGGAGAGCGAGUAGUCGGCGAGCGAGAGUCAUCUCGCACUAGUCAACGAAUUCACUCCAUCGCACUGGGCAAGCUGGAGAACCUAAGCACCAUGGAGGGCGGCGAGUCCACGGAGUCCACACACAACACCAAGGUGUCCGACUCGGCCUACUCGAACAGCUGCAGCAACAGCCAGUCGCAGCGCAGUGGCAGCUCCAAGUCCCGCCUGAGCGGCAGCCACUCCUCCGGCAGCAGUGGCUAUGGGGGCAAGCCCUCGACGCAGGCCAGCAGCAGCGACAUGAUCAUCAAGCGCAACAAGGAUAAGUCGCGCAAGAAGAAGAAGAACAAGGGCACCGGCCAGGGGGCGGGGCAGGCGCAGACCCUCAUCUCGGCGUCGACGAGCCUGGAGGGCAGGGACGAGGAGAAGCCGCGGCCCAGCGGCACUGGGUGCGUUGAGCAGCAGAUCUGCAGAGAGCUGCAGGACCAGCAGCACGGGGAGGAUCACAGCGAGCCGCAGGCCACAGAGCAGCUGCAGCAGGAGGAGGAAGACCAGUCCGGCUCCGAGUCGGAGGCGGACCGAGUCGAGGGCGUGGCCAAGUCGGAGGCGGCACAGAGCUUUCCGAUUCCCUCGCCGCUGUCCGUCACCAUUGUGCCGCCCUCGAUGGGCGGCUGCGGCGGAGUGGGCCACGCAGCUGGUCUGGACAGCGGCCUGGCCAAGUUCGACAAGACCUGGGAGGCAGGUCCGGGCAAGCUGGAGUCCAUGACCGGGGUGGGCGCAGCAGCGGCGGGCACAGGACAGCGCGGGGAGCGGGUGAAGGAGGACAGCUUCUGCUGCGUCAUCUCCAUGCACGACGGCAUCGUCCUGUACACGACGCCCAGCAUCACCGAUGUCCUGGGCUACCCGCGCGACAUGUGGCUGGGCAGGUCCUUCAUCGACUUUGUGCACCUCAAGGACCGUGCCACCUUCGCCAGUCAGAUCACCACGGGCAUACCCAUUGCGGAGUCCAGGGGCAGCGUGCCCAAGGACGCCAAGAGCACGUUCUGCGUGAUGCUGCGUCGCUACCGGGGACUCAAGUCCGGCGGAUUCGGCGUCAUCGGCAGGCCCGUCAGCUACGAACCCUUCCGCCUGGGGCUCACCUUCAGGGAGGCCCCGGAGGAGGCGCGACCGGACAACUACAUGGUCUCCAAUGGCACCAACAUGCUGCUCGUCAUCUGCGCCACUCCGAUCAAGAGCAGCUACAAGGUUCCCGACGAGAUUCUCUCCCAGAAGAGCCCCAAGUUCGCCAUACGCCACACGGCCACCGGGAUCAUAUCGCACGUGGACAGCGCGGCGGUCAGUGCGCUGGGCUACUUGCCACAGGACCUGAUUGGCCGCAGCAUCAUGGACUUCUACCACCACGAGGACCUCUCCGUCAUGAAGGAGACCUACGAGACGGUGAUGAAGAAGGGCCAGACGGCGGGCGCCUCAUUCUGUAGCAAGCCAUACCGUUUCCUCAUCCAGAACGGCUGCUACGUGCUUCUGGAGACCGAGUGGACCAGCUUUGUCAAUCCGUGGUCUCGCAAGCUGGAGUUUGUCGUCGGACACCAUCGCGUCUUUCAGGGACCCAAGCAGUGCAACGUCUUCGAGGCGGCGCCCACGUGUAAGCUCAAGAUUUCUGAGGAGGCACAGAGCCGGAACACGCGGAUCAAGGAGGACAUCGUGAAGCGCCUGGCGGAGACGGUUUCCCGUCCGUCGGACACGGUCAAGCAGGAGGUUUCCCGCCGCUGCCAGGCACUGGCCAGCUUCAUGGAGACGCUCAUGGACGAGGUGUCCCGGGCGGACCUCAAGCUGGAGCUGCCGCACGAGAACGAGUUGACCGUCUCGGAGCGGGACAGCGUGAUGCUCGGCGAGAUCUCGCCGCACCACGACUACUAUGACAGUAAGAGUUCCACCGAGACGCCGCCCAGCUACAACCAGCUAAACUAUAACGAGAACCUGCUGCGUUUUUUCAACAGCAAGCCGGUCACGGCGCCGGCGGAGCUCGAUCCGCCCAAAACGGAGCCGCCGGAGCCGCGCGGCACAUGUGUCAGUGGCGCCAGUGGUCCGAUGAGUCCCGUCCACGAGGGCAGCGGGGGCAGUGGCUCCUCGGGCAACUUCACCACCGCCAGUAACAUACACAUGAGCAGUGUGACGAAUACGAGCAUUGCGGGCACUGGUGGCACGGGCACUGGUACAGGUACAGGUACUGGAACUGGAACCGGGACAGGAACUGGGACGGGAACAGGUACAGGCACUGGAACGGGAACGGGAACAGGCACUGGAACGGGAACAGGCACUGGAACAGGCACAGGCACUGGAACAGGCAAUGGAACGAAUUCCGGCACCACCACCUCAUCCAGAGGCGGAAGCGCCGCUGUACCGCCAGUCACGCUGACCGAAUCCCUGCUCAAUAAGCACAACGACGAGAUGGAGAAGUUCAUGCUGAAGAAGCACCGCGAGUCGCGCGGACGGACGGGUGACAAGAGCAAGAAGUCCGCCAAUGACACCCUUAAGAUGCUGGAGUACAGUGGUCCAGGCCACGGGAUAAAAAGGGGCGGCUCCCACUCCUGGGAGGGAGAGGCCAACAAACCCAAGCAACAGCUGACCCUGGGAACAGAUGCGAUCAAGGGAGCGGCAGGAAGUGCGGGAGGAGCAGCCGGCACUGGCGGUGUGGGAUCGGGAGGAGCCGGUGUGGCGGGCGGAGGAGGAUCCGGAACAGGCAUAGCAGGCACACCGGAAGGCAGAGCCACAACGACCUCGGGAACGGGUACUCCAGGUACAGCCGGGGGAGGAGCAGGAGCGGCAGCAGCGGCGGGAGCGUCCUCCUCCGUUGGCAGUUCUACGCCAGGACCGUCGUCCUAUCCCACCUGCACGCAGAACAUAAACCUCUGGCCACCGUUCUCGGUGGGCAUCACCCCGCCCGUCCACUCCACGCACACGGCCAUGGCCCAGAGCAGCUUCUCCUCCGCCGGCCUCUUCCCGACCUUCUACUACAUCCCCGCCUCCUUGACGCCCACCAGUCCCACGCGCUCCCCCCGGAUGCACAAGCAUCCGCACAAGGGUGGCACGGACAUGCCCACCACCUCGCAGCAGGCGGCUGCCGCGGCCGCCCAGGCCAUGCCGCUGCAGUACAUGGCCGGCGUGAUGUACCCGCAUCCUUCGCUCUUCUACACACACCCGGCGGCGGCCGCGGCCACGGCCAUGAUGUACCAGCCGAUGCCCUUUCCCGGAAUGGCCAACGCUCUCCAGAUUCCCGAGCGUCCGUUGGGCUCCCAAUCCGCGUACAACAAGUCGGUGUACACGACCACGCCGGCGUCCAUGACGAAGAAGGUGCCGGGUGCAUUCCACUCGGUCACCACUCCUGCCCAGGUGCAGCGGCCCUCCUCGCAGAGCGCAUCCGUCAAGACGGAGCCGGGCUCCAGUGCGGCGGUGUCCGAUCCCUGCAAGAAGGAGGUGCCGGACUCCUCGCCCAUUCCCUCCGUGAUGGGCGACUACAACUCCGACCCGCCCUGCAGCAGCAGCAAUCCCGCCAACAACAAGAAAUACACGGACAGCAAUGGGAAUAGCGACGACAUGGAUGGCUCCAGCUUCUCCUCCUUCUACUCGUCCUUCAUCAAGACCACGGACGGAUCGGAGAGUCCGCCGGACACCGAAAAGGAUCCGAAGCACCGAAAGCUGAAGAACAUGAGCACAUCUGAGAGCAAGAUCAUGGAGCACCCGGAGGAGGACCAGACACAGCACGGGGAUGGGUAGUAGCCACACCCGCAGUUGCUGCUGACCGACGUACACAACCGAGUGCACAAUGUCGAUCCCUAGGACGAUCCGAGCAGCAGACACCGAAGAGCAGCAGGGUCCUGGAAACGAGUGAGCAGUUGCCUCCGGUCUGGUCGAGCACCAGCCAGUCCCACCAGUUCCCCCCAUUCCUAACUCCCCCUUCCAUUCCCUUCAAGUUCUCCGAACGCAUCCGUGGGAUGUCACCCUUCAGUAUCCGAAAGCAUCAGACGAACUGACCUUGGAGGAUGCCCAGAACCCGUGCAAGCCGUGGAUAAUGUAGAUCUCAAGCCAAGCAAAGCUUUUAGAUGAUAUCUGUCCUAUGUUUAACCAGAAUAUUAAGUGAAUUGAAAACUAGAGUGGUUCGAACCACCCUUCUCUUCUCCCUAAGGUUUAUUUAUCCGAAUCUUUUUUAGUUAUUUAUUGUACAAUAAAUAUCGAAAAGCCAACGCCCACA